CCGCGUGCGAGCGUAUACAGAUCUGUCGUGACCGUUGAUUCGCGAGAGAAAGAAAAAAAGGAAGACAGAAAGAGAGAAAAGGAGAGGCAAAAAAAAAGAGUUUCGUCGUUUUUCUAGGGAAUUGUUGUAAAAUGUCGACUGGCAGGACGAAUCUGUACACUCGAUUCAUCGAUCCGACUUGAAAUCGACGAUUAAUCGAAAAGCGCGAAAGAGAAAAAUACAAACACGUUUUCGUCAAAGAUUAUAAUUAAUAUAAUGUAAGCUGCAGAACGAGGUAAACUAUGCCGACGCAUGCAUAGGGGUAAAUUUGUCACGUGUCAAUUUUCCGUUGAAACGCGCCAUCAGAUGACGUGAAUGUGCUAUAAUCUAUGAUAACACGUGCGUGUGAAUUACGAACUCGGGAAAGACAAGUUGGGGCUGUUUUAUCGCAGAGUGAGGAUCUCAAUUAAUUGCAAUUACCUGUGAAAUUGCUAUCGGACUCGCAUCAGAAUUAAUGAAAAAAACGCUCUUUAUUCCCGUUCUCUAGAUCGGAAGAUAACGAUUGUAUGAUAAUCGCACAUAGUGAAUGCCGAUCGAAAUUAUGAUGAUAUGGUCAAGCCGGGAGAUUGCUUUCAGAUGAAAUCAAUGUAAUAUCCCCGAGAAAUUGACCAAAGAUUUUUAUCUUUGCACAUUUUUCCAAUUCCCGAUCAUCUCCGAGGCCGAGAUUGAAAUUCUGAUCCAUAAGUCGCGCAAAAAUAACUGAGGGAAUCGGAUUAUUGCAAGAGAGAGAUCUCGAUUAACAUAGCUCCCGCGUAAAAACAUUUCACGUAGUCUAAUCUCAAGAGCGUCCGCAUCGAAAACGUAUCACCGACAGAUCGAUUUGCCGCGAGGAACUCGAAGAACAAUGAUUGCAAGCGAACGCAUGUACUACUGGUGAAGGAAAAACGAAUGCUGAAAUGGUGCCGGCUGCAAGUGGAGAUUAGGUCGAUUGCAGAGAUGCUGAGGGACUAUUAAGCACUCCGGAUCUAUUAAGGGACACGAUCGAGAUAUAGAUUAGAUCCAAGAGACGUGAUUGUGCGGCAAAGAUGCUAUUCGUCGCUAGGAUUUAUUAAGCACCGUGACUUGAGAGGAAACUCAACAUUGCGAAGAUGUUGGAGAGUUAUUUUCAGGACCUAUUAAAGAUCAGAAAUUCGGGAGGAAUGUAAGGAUUACCUUCAGCCAUCUCUCUUACAAAAUUUUCAUCAGCGAUUUAUUAGAAGUAGAUUGUGCAAAUACAAUGUAACAAUGAAAGAUUACGACGUUGACCUCGAGGAAUAUUGUAGCAUAGGUGUAUAUCUCACCGGGAGAUGGAGAACUACAUUAAACGGGGACACGUUGAUGUGAAAUCGAUCAGAAGAAGUAUAUAAUUGCGCGCUAAAGCAUGUCACAUUAUUGCGAGCGACUGUUCCAGACGAACGACAAUUCCUUCGUCGGUUGGAAAUGUCAGGAUUAAAUUCAAUCGAGUCCUUCGAAGAAGCGUCUCGCGAGCGGAUGUAACAGGCGACAACAGGCGUUGCGAGGAAGGAUGAGCGGCUGAAGAUGAGUGCGUCAGGUUAUUGGUGCGCGCUCAUCCUGCUCACGUUCACGCAAAAUUCCCUCGGCAAUCACCACGAGAAGCUUCUCCAGGUCGAGAAGCCGAAGGGGUAUCUGCGGCAUCAGCAGAACCACCGCGCCUCGUCUUUCGUCGACCGUAAGCUCGUCGACGCGACGGAAUUCCGUGCUUCCGCCGAGAUCCUCUCGACCCUCAACGGCCCCUCAGCGAUUCGCUCGAUCGCGGAAAUCGAUCGCACAUCGGAGACAGAGGAGGCGGAGGCGAAGAGGGUCAAUCGUCGCGCGGAAAUCCGUCCGAUAAUCGCGCGUUCGCCGGAGAUCGCUUCCGGGAGGGUCUGCGAGAUUCCGCCGGUCGAACUCGGGACGAUGGAGAAGCGGCCCUUGGCGCGAAUUCCCUCGGCGGAAGUUCCCUUGCGCUCGCAAACGGAAGGCCAUCGUUCCGCGAAGGAAACUCUGCCGACGGAGGUGGGACCGAUGGAGGUCUUCCGGCUGGGGAUCGAACAGGAAACGUCAAGCGUCGAGAGAUCGCAGAUCCGGCACGGGAGAUCGAGGAGCCACUUCGCGCGGCAGAAGAUCGAGGACUCCGCAAAGGACUCUGUCCUGAAUAACGUUCGCGUGGGUCGCGAGAAUCACGUCAGGACGCAUCAAAUAGCGGAAAGAGUGACGGACUUCCCGUCAAUUCCACUCAAGCAUAAUCAUUCCUGGCUUCUCGAGCGGAAUUUCUCAAAGGAUAACUCGGUCAACAGCCAAUCUUUCGAUCGAGUCGAGGAUAAUGUUCCGGAGGGACCGGAAAGUUUGCUGAAGCUGUAUCAGGCAAGAAAAGGAAGCGCCCCCGAGGAAAGUUCCGCCAUUCCUCUCACGCGUAAUCUUUCCCGGCUGAUCGAGCAGAAUUUCUCCAAGGAUAACUCGAAGGCGAGGAACGGCGGAUUCCCGGAUCAAAUCGAGGACGAGACGCGGAAAAAUUCCAAAGGUGGUACAAUCAGAACUCGCCAUUCGGAGAAUCACGGCGUUUUGCGAUCGAGUCCCGAUUCCCUGAAGAAUCCCUUCAAGAACGAUCCUCUGAGUAAAUUGAAGAAAGCAAUAUUCCUGAACAAGACCGUCGCGUCGACAGCCCCGAUCGAUCGUAACGCGAACGAGACCCUCGGCGUUGAUGCGGCUGAUGCGAACACCAGCGAAACUAUCCGCGAUCUUGAGGAGGAGGAGAUUCUGCAGGAAGUGAUGGACUACCCGAGCUACGAGGAAUCGGCGAACGCUUCUUCCCUCGAUUGGUCAGCUCGAAGAAGAUCGCAGGCCACUCAGGUUGACAUUGUGACGCGUUUCCUGCGGAUAAUCGAGAACCAACACACCCUGGGCGAGAACUGCACCGCCGGCACCGAUUUGAACCUGGGCGAAGGCGUAGUGGAUCAGUACGCGCAGGAGAGAUUCCGCCUCGAGGCGGAAUUCACCGUCAAUCGCGCCAACAUGCUCACCAGGUUGUGGAAGUAUGCGCCGGAAGUGAUGCUGUCAUCCGAGUAUCUACUCCACGCCAGCGUCCUUUCCAUGGUAGAGUUCGACGAGGACAUCUUUGCUGCCGGCAAUUGCUACGACAAGCUGCAGUAUCGAAAUCGCUGGCUCUACUGCCCGUUUGCUCAUAGGCUGCCCAAUCAGGACGAGAUCCUGGUGAAGGAUCUCGCGAUCGAGUACAAGUACUUGAGCAACAGCAGCGAGUGGUUCUACAUCGCCAGGAAGAACGCCGAGAGGGUGAUCGCCAGUUACGAGCAGUUCAGCCGAGGAUUCCACACCUAUAGGUUGAACGAAAGCGUGCACACGGAAAGGGAGGAGGACGAAAUCCUGACAGUGAAAUACGAGGAUGGCAGGUGGUCGAAACCGUAUUACGACUGCGGAGGUGGUAAUAUCUGGAUGCUGACCUACACCGUGCCCUUCUUUGGAUACGUCAACGACACCUAUUUCUUCAAGGGCACCAGCGGUAUCGACAUAGACCUACGGCGAGUAGACAUAGAUCAGUGCCCGUUGCCGGUCGGAUCCACGCAGCUGAACAUAUUCGCCGCCAGCGACAAGUGCAAAAAGCGCACCACCGAGUGCAUCGCCAUCCCCGGUCUUGGUUUUCGCCGUGGUAGUUAUCGAUGCGUUUGCAAACGAGGCUUCUACUACCCGGACACGAAAUCGGACAAGCGGUACUACAAUGGCACCGUCAUAGAGGAAGAGUACGAGAAAUUGAUGAUGGGCGAAAAGAGCCAAUAUGCCGAGAGUGGAGUGUUCGAAUGCUUGCCGUGCGCCGAAGGAUGCGAGUCCUGCGAGGACGGCUCGCCUUGCGUCGUAUCCCUCAACUGGCUGAUGCGAACGGCGAUACUUAUCCUGGAGUGCUGCAUCAUCGCUUGCCUGCCAGUCGUCGUUCUUUUUACAUGGAAAUAUGGGCACGUGAAGGUGGUGCGGGCGGCCAGCCCGGUUUUGUUGCGCGUGAUCGUCCUGGGCGCCUUCUUCAUAUACUGUACGACCAUAGUAAUGUACCCCAGGCCAAACAUCAUCACGUGCACCGUCCGCGUAUGGUUGCGAGAAAUUGGCUUUUCUCUCACAUACGGAGCACUCAUGCUCAAAACGUGGCGGAUAUCCGUGAUCUUCCGAGUGAAGUCGGCGAAGGCCGUAAAAAUAACGGACGCGAGUCUGCUGAAGCGCCUCGGCAUCAUCGUCCUGACGUUCAGCGUGUUCCUGAGCAUCAGGACCCUGGUCGCGCCGCCCGUCGUCAUCGUCGCGCGAACCGCCGACGAUCUCAAGGCGUAUCUUUGUCGAACUGACUGGUGGGACCACAGUUUCACUACUCUCGAGGUGAUGUUCCUCGUGUGGGGCAUCCGCCUGUGCAUCGUGGUGAGAAAAACCCCGUCGGAAUUUAACGAGAGCCGAUUCAUUUCAAUGGCGAUUUACAACGAAUUUCUACUAUCAGUCUUCCUCAACGUUUCAAUGUUGUUCCUGCAAUCGCCGGCCAAUCCCGAUUUAUUGUACAUCAUAUUUUUCUGCCAUACCCAGCUUACCGUCACAUUGCUGCUGUGCCUGAUAUUCGGCAGUAAAGCUUACGUGGUGUUCCGCGGCGGGGGGAAGGAGGAGACGAUCGGCAAACUUUGCGGCGCGACCGGCAAAUUCUUGGGCAAGAGCAGCCGUCCGCAGGGCACCAGUAACCAGACCAACUCGAUAUCGCUUCAGCAGGGUAAUUUUGCCGAGGAGAGCGACUCCGCCACGGAGGAGUUUCGCCGUUUGCUCAAUCAGUUAGAGGUUCUGAAGGAGAAGAACAUUUUGUUAGGAAAUCAGGAACUAGUCAGCAAGCUAGCGGCCAUGCUGGAUGCAUCGAAUCGCGUCGAAGCUCAAGUAUCCACCAUUCAAGCCAUUUCGACUAGCAUCAUUCAGUCGAACGAUCUUGAUAAAUCGACCAAAGAAACUAACCUUGGGCAAGCUUGCCAAGAGCAGGGUCGGUCAGGAAACGGUUUUAAGGGUGAGAAUCGAUGUCGCGCGUGUAUCGAGAAAAACGGACUCGAUAAGAAGGAUACGCAGGAUUUAUCGAAGGAUAAUGAGAUGUCGGAAUCGAAGAAAAUCGACAGGGACGUUGCCGUAUCGACAUCCUCGAAGCACGUCAUCGAGGAGGCCGACAGGGAAGCGUGUCACGGGAAGGAUAGUAAAGAGGCCGACUUAAAGGACAAAUCCAGAAGCAAAUCCGGCCACGCUAGAACACACGCCAUAGUUAUCAACCUCGACGACAAGAGCAGGUUUUCCGAGGAAGUUACCGUGUGACUUCAUGGUUAAGUGAAAAAUAAACGGUUAGAAGCGCAGAUCUUUCCGUUUUAAUUAAUUAAGAUUUCUUCUCUUCGUUUUCCAUCCGUGAUUUCCAUCGCGAGUGACAGUUACUGUGUGUCUAUGUGAUUGAAACUUAGUGAAUGUCGUAUUUCUGAUCAAAUGAUCUAAAAUUUUUGAUAAAAGUGAUACGUCAUUUCCUCCGAUUUAGAGACGAUGAUUAGUACAGAAUUUCUUCUGAUAAAAUUAAUUGAAAUAUUUUAAAUUGAAAUAUUUAUUGUACGAAGGAUUUAAAUCUACGUGUGAGAAGAACAAAAAUUCUAAUUUAUUCUAAUUCAUAAAAAUUCAUGCAAAUUGUAAAUAAUUGAACCAAUACUUGGGAGAAGCAAUUCUUUCCUGAUUGAAAAUUUAUUAAACGAUCUC